GGGCGUGGCCUGCUGCCCUUAGGGAGAAUAAAGUAUCCAAAGAGUUUUCAAAACUCAGCCAAGCAACAAAGUGGUGAGUGUUGAUCGCUAGCGACGAAGAAGGGAAAAGAUGCACUACUAUCGUUAUGAAAAUGCAGAGGUCAGCUGCUGCUACAAGUACCUCAUGUUUAGCUACAACAUAAUAUUUUGGCUGGCUGGAGCAGCAUUCAUCGCCAUUGGGUUCUGGGCCUGGAGUGAGAAGGGAGUGCUGUUGGACCUGACCCAGGUGACACGGCUGCAUGGCUUUGAUCCCGUGUGGCUGGUGCUGGCGGUGGGAGCGCUCACCUUCAUCCUGGGCUUUGCAGGAUGUGUAGGGGCACUCAGGGAGAACAUAUGCCUCCUCAAAUUUUUUUCAGGGGUCAUCGGGUUCAUCUUCUUCCUGGAGCUGACGGCCGCUGUGCUGGCGUUCGUCUUCCAGGACAACGUCAGGGAGUGGAUCAAUGACUUCUUCCUGGCCAACGUCAAGGCCUACAGAGAGGACAUCGACCUGCAGAACCUCAUCGACUCCCUGCAAAAGAUGAACCACUGCUGCGGAGCCAAGGAGCCUGAUGACUGGAACCUGAACGUCUACUUCAACUGUACCAACAACAACCCCAGCAGAGAGAGGUGUGGCGUUCCCUUCUCCUGCUGCAUCAGUGAUCCUGCAGACUCAGUUUUGAACACCCAGUGUGGAUAUGAUGUCCGUAAAGGUCCAAAGGGGGACUGGAGCUACAACAUUUACGUCAAGGGCUGCAUCCCAGCCUUAGAGGAGUGGCUGCCUCGGAAUAUCUACAUAGUAGCUGGAGGAUUCAUCAUUAUAUCUGUACUCCAGAUGAUGGGCAUCUUCUUAGCUCGGACACUGAUCGGUGACAUUGAGAAGGUCAAGUUUAACUACUACUGAGUGGUGUGGUGGAAUGCAUAGGCCAACAGGGGACAGUACUGAGAAUAUCCACCAUACAUUCCUCCCUCUCUGAGGCAUAGCAAGGGACAAGAAUACUUCCAUACCUGUGGCUCGUUAUCUUUGGACUGUUCUGUCUCUGGAGAUGGAAACCUCUGCAGAGCCUGCACAGUGGACAUGAAGCUGCCUUAUUCAACUCAAGACUCUUAUGUGCCUUCUCUCACAGGAUUGCAGUCUGACUUUAAAAAUACACCCUGGGUUUCCCUUUGUUUUUGUAAUUAGAUACAUUCUUGUAUGAAUUGCCCCAGACACACUGAAUGUUUUCCUCUUUCCUGGGAACAGCGUCUUAACCAAUAAACCCAGGUAGAUUCCUGGGCGACUACAUCAUACCUCAAUGAUACAAAAACUACAAUUAAGUCGUCGCACAGGUUUAAAAGGUGUGUUCUCUCUCUGUGGCCUGCAGCAUUGUCCCUUACCUCUCAGCUAAACAUGGAAAAUGAAGCUCUAUUUUAAAGGUAGACUCAGCAAUGUGACAUAGAUGCAGAAAGUAACCGCGUAGUGGGUCAAUUUCCACAACUAAGUGUGAGGCUCAAUUUCUCUGUUUUGGUCCUGUACCUACAACGCUGUAACAGUGUGAAGCGACCCUGUGCACAUGCGCAGAUACUGUGUGAGGGCGAAGUCUUGCGUCUCACUCGUCUCAGUAUCUGCCGUCCUGCUCGUGGCAGUCAUUUAGCCCAGUCUACCUUUAAACCAUUGGAAUCAGUCUGCAGCUGGUCAAAACCAAAAGUGCACAGCUGUAACUCUGACCUAUUGUCCAUCAUGCCUUGUCUUUUCUAGCAGUCAUGUGUCUCACAUAACUUGUCAUUCCACAACGUGUAGUGCAUCAAAUGCUAACUAGCAUAGAGUAUCGAUCAUUUAGACACAUACAACUUAAGGGAAACGACUGUCGAUGCAAUGUGUGUAGAUAGUUGACAUGUUUAAUUUGAUCAGUCUUAGAUGACCCCUAAGUGAAAUAUUAGUUAGCUAGUUCACUCGGAGUAGCUGAGUUGGAUUAUUUUGCUGUUGUGUUGACUGCAGGCAAGGAAGCUUGACCAGGUGCAGCAGUGGAGACCUCCAGAGCCCAUUUUCUCACAGACAGACAGGGAGACAUCCAGAGCAGCAUGGGCCUCUAGAGGUACAGGUGAGAUCUGAUCAUAGCGCUCACAUCCCUUCGAGCUAUAGCCGGGAUUUGUGUUGUGAUCACAUCACUAGACCUAGGCUUAGUUAUCUGCCUGCAUGGUGAAAGUUUUGAUUGAGAGAUUGUAUUCACCUCUAACGUCUUGAAUAAUUUUUACUGUCUCAGCAUCUUGGUAAUAAUCUGUUUUUCUAAACACAUUCACAAAUGCAAGCCCACAGUCAGCACCUUUUCAUUUUAGCUUGAAAUGUGCUGAGAGCUGUUCUACUCUGCUCUUGUUAGAUAUUGAAUAUAAUGUCAUCUGAUCGGGCUGCCCAGUGGCACUUUUAUGUAGAAAAUAUACAAUUACAACUGUACGGGAGGUCUUGAUGCCCAACCUGUCUCUCUCCUCUGCUCAGCCUGUACACCUCAACGAGACAGAAUGAGCGCAGACUUCCUGAAACAUUACUCAAAGCGUUCUGAAAGUGUUUUCAACAGAGGUGUUUGCUGCCAGCCAGAUAACUGCCAGUGCCUACACACAUUGAGCUUGCUUUACCUUCAUCCUGUCCAUUCCCUCUCCACUGCUGUCCUUGUACCAGAAUGGGGAGCUUUACAGAGACAUCUAUGGCAGGUAGCCUAGCGGUUAAGAGCAUUGGGCCAGUAAUCGAAAGGUCGUUGGUUCGACUCCCCAAGCCGACUAGGUGAAAAAUCUGUUGACAUGCCCUUAAGCAAAAAAGUAACCCUUGUUGCUCUGUAUAAGAGCGUCUGCCGAUUGACAAUGUAAUUGUUGAUGGAGGAUAUCUUUACAGCUGAUGAAUGCUAUACUUGAGCUAUAUAUCAUACGUUACAAGAUCAAAUUAAAGGAAUUACUUUCAUUCAGGCCUUCAACUCCCAUUUACACAACAUCUGAUGGUCAAUGUACAUUAUGUAGUUUAACAGAAUUUUGUGUGCUUGUUUGAUUGCUUUCAUGUGAUCAUGGGAGUGUUUUUAACAAAAGGGACCUUUUUGAUAUGUAGAUGUUAUCUCUGUUUUACCUAAUGACAUUUUGUAAAUGUGAAUUUUCUUAAUUCUGGAUAGGUUUUUAUAAGCAAUAAAGUAUGUAUGUCCAUUU